AUGAACCAUACCAACCAGACCUGGGUGACAGAAUUCUUCCUCCUAGGACUUUCUGAUGACCCUCAGAUUCAGCUGCUAUUCUUUGUCUUAUUUUUGGCAGUCUACUUUGGCACCAUACUUGGAAACUUGCUCCUCACCUCUUUGGUUCUGCUUGACUCACAAUUGCAUACACCCAUGUAUUUUUUCCUAUGUAAUUUAUCUCUGGCUGAUCUCUGCUUCUCAACUACCACUGUUCCCCAAGCCCUAAUCCACAUGUUAUCUGGGAGAAAAUUAAUUUCUUUCACAGGCUGUGCAGCUCAAGUUCUUCUCUUUCUAUUCUUUGGUUCUACACAGUGUGCUUUAUUAGGUGUGAUGUCCUAUGACCGAUACUUAGCAAUCUGUGAUCCCAUGCAUUACCCCCUCAUAAUGACAUGGAAGCUAUGUGGAAUCUUGGCCUUAGGAUGCUGGUCCAGUGGUCUUUUUGCAUCCUUGAUGGACAGUACAUUCAUUUUAGGUCUCCCUUACCAAGGAGACAACCACAUUGCCCAUUUCUUCUGUGAGGCCCCAGCCCUUCUCGUGUUGGCAUCUGCAGACACUCACAGAACAGAGUUGGUUAUUUUUCUCAUGGGCGUAGUGAUUAUAGUUACACCUGUGUCCCUGAUCCUAGUCUCAUAUGUGUGUAUCAUAAUGUCUGUUAUCAAAAUGAAGACAGUCUCUGGGAGACUCAAGGCUUUCUCCACCUGUGGCUCCCAUCUCGUUGUGGUCAUCCUUUUUUAUGGAGGAGCAAUCAUCAACUACAUGACACCUAAGUCUUCACUGGACCUAGGAAAGAUAAUAUCUGUGUUCUAUGCAGUGGUAAAUCCUAUGCUCAAUCCACUCAUAUAUAGUCUGAGGAACGAAGAUGUGAAGAAGGCAUUCAAAAAUGCAGCCAACAAGAAACCAUUCUGCAGACCCUGA